ACUGAAUCUCGCGGAUUUUAUUGUACAUCAAACGAGUCUUUCGAGUUUGGCGCUUUUUGUUCCACAGCAAAAAGAGCGUACACAUAGUCAGUGUCUCACCGUAGCUCUGGAUUCUUCUGUGUUGCUCGCACCACGGCAUUUGUGUCUUGGAAUCCGUGGAAAGUGGUCGUAUUCGCGGGAGUGCACUGCGCGCUAUAUAUACGCUGUGCUAUGUAUGUAUAUAAUUUAAGCGAACUCUAAAUGUGCCAAUUAAUUUUCAAAAAAUAAAAAAAACGGGCAAUAGUGGAGUUUCUGCCAAUUUCUGUUGGUGCAAUUGUGUGUGGUGUAAGAAAAAGAAAAAGGAAGGUUAUUCCUGUGCAAAUUAAAUAAAGUGAAAAUUUAGACUUUCCGCUUAACCAUCCUCGGCCAGCAAAGAAUUUAUAAUAAAAAUAUAGAUUCCGCGUGUGUGUGUGUGCGGGAUAGACAAAUGGAAAGCAACUAAAGCACCUGGAUUUGCAUCACAAAGUCAUUUAGAAACGCAAUCAAUUGGAUAUACCUCUAUAUUGCAAGCAAAAAGAAAGAAAAAACUUGAAAGGUGAGAACGAUGGCUGGGAGUGUACGAUUGAGUGACAUGCAGAAUACAAAUUUGGAUUUCGAGAGGAAGCAGCAUCUGGCCAAUUGGCUCAUCAAGUCUAGUCCACACAUGCCAAAUCCCGUUGCCACAAUCCAAACAACUGGAGCCCAUCAUCAUGCUGCCACAGUCAAAUCUCCCAUCUACUUCUGGGGUCAGCCCGGUCACAUGAGUCUCACCUCCUCCAAAUCUCCCAUCUUCACGUCCCAGACCAACCUCCCGCUGCAAAUUAUCACAACGCAAGAAGGCCACAAGCCAAAACUGCGGAGAUUCAAUUCCCAUGAUACAAGCGCAAAUAUGUUCUCAGUGGCGGACUUUGAGAAUGCGAGGUUGGCAUCCAAGCAAAGGCAACAGAAUCAGCCCGCUGUCAAGAGCAACAGCCUCGGGGGUGAUGCUUCCACGGAGGACAGUGAGAAUUCAAAAUUUGGAAGUGAUUCAAGCAGAGACAUCAUGCCAGUUGAGAGAUUUCUUCAUCGGAAUUUUCUACCAAAAGUUGCCCGCCUGAUAACGCGUGAGACAAACAAUGAGAACGCAAUGGAGGUGUGCGAUAUGCGGACAUCACAGCAAAAUUUACCAAAACUCCAAUCCCUUCAGGACUUAAGUCGCCUGGAUUCUCUCCUCAAUAGUCCACCACCCCAGAAGCCAGGGGAACUUAUGUUAAUCUACAAACAAAUUCGCAAUCGCAAAUUAUAUCAUGCGAUCAGCACAAAGAGUAUGGAUUGGAAGAGGGGCAUUAAAAUACCUCAAGAAUACCCCGGAUACUUCUCACUGUUGAACGAUAAAGGUGGAGCAACAGCAGCAAUUUAUACAACAAUCAUCCAAUUGGUGCGUGAACGUGUUUAUAAAUUUUUAUCAAUGGAGAAUAUGGUAGCAUACAGCGAAUCUCCGAAUCAAGCAGACAUUGCCAUUAAGAGCCAUUAUGUGAAGACAACAGCUAAGGCCGGUCAGGUGUUUCGUUUGUUGGCGGUCUUCGAGGACGGUCGAAGUCAGCACCAGAACAAAUCAGGAGGACCGUUAAGUGAUUUCAGCAGUUCGAGUGAUCGGGAGAAAGUACGCGGCAGAUAUGCGCAGUUGCUGUGCGAGAAUCGCCAGAUGCUCUAUGUGUCGCUGGCGACAAAAGGAAAGUUUUACGAGGUGGAAAUGAACCAGGGCCAUCGCGGAAAGCAACAGCAGCAACAUAAGAAUACAACGACAAAUCCUGAGUAUGUUCACAGAAUAAGUGACAUUGCACAAAACUCUCCACUCCCUCUCAAUGUGAAAUUAAUCUCCGGCAAUCUGCCUGGAAUAUCAACAGAUUGCAUCACAAUCCACAAGAUCUCCAUGGAGGACGUAAUAAUUUCAUGCCCAAUUGAUGAGCGUGAUAAUAGGUCAACGCUGAUGCUGAAGACAAUCUCCCUGUUGCCGGAUAUGAAGCUACAGCGAUGCCUUCUUGGCUAUGACACCGAAAAGAAAUUGCUGGCAUCGCCAAAUAUUCAGAAUAUCUUGAAAUAUUGCAAAUUCAACUAUGACACACAUAUGCAGGCCAUUGAGGGGGAAUCCCUGCAGGAGCAUCCAACGGGGAAGGUGCGAAAGGUCAAGAGUGAUCCAUUUAAGUUACUCCGACCGAUUAAUUUGACAAAACUCCUCCAUCGUGAGAAGAGCUACGUGGCCACGGAGAAGGAGGAUUCAAUUAUUUUCCUCACAAAAGCCGAACUGCAGCAAUUGGAGACGCAGAAAACGGCCCAUGGGGCGGGGAAGCAACCAGAACGGAGUCUUAGCAGCAAGAUGAAGGUGUUUGAACCGACAAAGCGGAAGUGGUUUGCUGAGAGAAAGAGUGCCAAGACUAAAACUAGUUCAUUCUCCAGCUUUGACGUGAGCUGCGAUGGAAAACGGCAGCAGAGCAUUGAUCGCUACAGCGACAUGUCCAAGUUAAUACAAGAACGCUUCGGGAGUGAGUGUGACAUUGCUUCCAGUCAAUUUGGGCGGGAAUCGAGAGCACUCUCGGACAUUGGCUAUGAGUUUCGAUGCUCAGCACCGAGAAUUGAUAAAACCAUGUCGUUGGAAAAUGUGAAAUUGCACAGUAGUGCAACAAUGUUGGCCACAGUGAUCUCACCAACACCUGAUCUCGUGAAAGUGGACAAGAUGGCCGGGAGUGUGGAUCGUCUGCCGCAGCAGGAGCAACAGGGGAAGCAGCACCAGCAAUCGUUCAUCAGCAAGAAGCUCUAUUCGGAAUUUCACGUGAAAACCAAGCAGAAUAGCAAAUCUUCGUCGAAUCUCAAUCAGUUGUGGCAUCAACUGGGGCUGCCACAGAAAUCCUCAUCGAAACAUCCCAAAUCGGCAAAGGCACUGUGCAACAGCAGGGAGACAUCAAAGAGCAAUCUUAAGCUAUCGGAUGAAUAUAGUAGUGUUCAGGACUCAAUUGUCUCCAUUGAUGACAACGCAUCAUCCACCUACGAUGGGAGGAUCUGUGCGGAAAAUAUCUAUGCGGAAAUUUGUGUUCACAACACGGCCCCGACCAGUGAAAGUAGACGAUCCCAAACUCCCCAAAUUGACAUCACUAAUCUCUAGAAUUUUAUCAUCUCGCAACAUUAAUUCUAAACAUUCUUCUAUCAAUUUAUGCAUUGAGCACCAACCAAAGUUAAAUAACACGUUAUCCCAACUUCUUGUGAUAUUUAUACCAGAUUUCCUCCUAAAAAUUCCCUCCUCUUCUUCAUCCCUUAAUGAAUGAAAAAAAAUUCUCUCAAGACUUUCCUCUUAAAACUACAUUCUAAAGCAAUAUUUUAAAAAUAAAUCAUGUGGGUGUUAUCGAUAGAAAUAUUUUUAACGAAUAAUUUUAUCAAUCAAUCAUUUUUUUAUAACAAGCUGUGAGGUUGCAAUACUUCAUGUAAAUAUCAUUAUCCUUUUUUUGUAAUAUAUAUGAAGCAAUAUUACUCUAUAUAUAUUUUGCAUUGUAAAAUAAAUUUGUAGAAAAAAAAA